AUGCUUAACGACUCUUGGUUUCUUUUUUUCCCCUUUUCCCCCCUUUUUUCCCUCUCCCAGGACAACGCCAGCAAGAAAUAUAGUCAACUCAGUUUCUCAUACAAUAGCAAACAAAUCAAUACACUAGAUACGUGCACCAAUGCCAAGAUCUUGUUCCAGAGCUGCAGAACAUUUGUUUGCUCUUUCUCCAUUGCGGAGAAACCAAGGUAG